UGAGAUGAAAAAGGCUGAAAAUCUGGCUUAAGAAAUAAAGUCUCAGGUUCCUAAGCCAGUGAGUGUGGUUCAGGCCCCUGGCCUGGAAGACUUUGCUCUGUGGUUGGCUGAGAGCUUCUUCUCUGCAGAAGGCAGUGUGUUCUCGGUGGGAAAGAGCAGGACUUAGGUUUAGCUCACCUGAUUGUGAGCCAUGGCUCUGUCUUCAACCCCCUAGCCACUUCCCCUUGUCAUACCUCAGUUUUCCUACCUGUAAAAUGGAAAGAAUAAUGUCCCCCUUGCAGGGUUGUCAUGAAGAUCCAGUGAGAUAAUGAAAGUGUCUGGCACAUACCACAGAUUACAUAAAUGGUGGUCCCCUUCCUUCAUCUGUUGCUGAAGCAGGGAGUAAAAAGCCUGUUCUCUUUCUCUUCCAGUAAGAGUGGAAACGGAUGGAGAAUCGAGCUCUGAACCCAGGGACUCGGGACUCCUAUGGUGCCACCAACCACCUCCCCAACAAGGGGACCCUGGCAAAAGCCAAGAACAACUUCAAAGACCUGAUGUCCAAGCUGACGGAGGGCCAGUAUGUGCUCUGCCGGUGGACAGAUGGACUGUAUUACCUUGGGAAGAUCAAGAGGGUCAGCAUUUCAAAGCAGAGCUGCCUUGUGACUUUUGAAGAUAAUUCCAAAUACUGGGUUCUAUGGAAGGACAUACAGCAUGCUGGUGUUCCAGGGGAGGAGCCCAAGUGUAACAUCUGCCUGGGGAAGACAUCAGGGCCACUGAAUGAGAUCCUCAUCUGUGGCAAGUGUGGCCUGGGUUACCACCAGCAGUGCCACAUUCCCAUAGCAGGCAGUGCCGACCGGCCCCUGCUCACACCUUGGUUCUGCCGACGCUGCAUCUUCGCGCUGGCUGUGCGGAAAGGCGGCGCGGUGAAGAAGGGCGCCAUCGCCAGGACGCUGCAGGCGGUGAAGAUGGUGCUGUCCUACCAGCCCGAGGAGCUGGAGUGGGACUCUCCCCACCGCACCAACCAGCAGCAGUGCUACUACUGGCUCCCCUUUCUCUCCAGAUGGUACCUGAGGAUGCUGCAAUGUUACCAGUGCAGGCAGUGGUUCCAUGAGGCCUGCACCCAGUGCCUCAAUGAGCCCAUGAUGUUUGGAGACCGGUAGGUGCUAAUCUGGUCCCAGCCUUGCCCCUGCCCUUCAGCCCUGACCCUGGCUGCUGCCUCACCCCACCCCCACCUCCUUGCCCCCUUGCCCAGGGUGGAUGUGGUUCACCUGGCCCUCUACAACCUGGGGGUGCAGAGUAAGAAGAAGUACUUUGACUUUGAGGAGAUUCUCGCCUUUGUCAACCACCACUGGGAGCUCCUGCAGCUUGGCAAGCUCACCAGCACCCCCGUGACUGACCGAGGACCGCAUCUCCUCAACGCGCUGAACAGUUACAAAAGCCGGUUCCUCUGUGGCAAGGAGAUCAAGAAGAAGAAGUGCAUCUUCCGCCUGCGCAUCCGAGUCCCGCCCAACCCGCCAGGGAAGCUGCUGCCGGACAAGGGCCUUGUGCCCACCGAGAACUGCGCCGCCUCUGAGCUGCGUAAGAGAGGAAAGAGCAAGCCUGGUUUGUUGCCUCAUGAAUUCCAGCAGCAGAAAAGGCGAGUUUAUAGAAGAAAAAGAUCAAAGUUUUUGCUGGAAGAUGCUAUUCCCAGUAGCGACUUUACCUCGGCCUGGAGCACCAACCACCACCUGGCCAGCAUAUUUGACUUCACAUUGGAUGAAAUUCAGAGUUUAAAAAGUGCCAGCUCGGGCCAGACCUUCUUCUCAGACGUGGACUCCACAGACGCCGCCAGCACCUCUGGCUCCGCGUCCACCAGCCUCUCCUAUGACUCCAGACGGACAGUGGGCAGCCGAAAGAGGAAGCUGGCGGCCACAGCAUACACACCACUGCGGGCAAAGCGUCGCGCAGCUGAGCUGGGUGGACGCUGCCCCUCAGACAGCAGUGCCGAGGGGGCUUCGGGCCCCGAGCGGGCGGACGAAGGCAUCGACAGCCACACGUUUGAGAGCAUCAGUGAAGAUGACUCGUCCCUGUCCCACCUCAAGUCAUCCAUCACUAACUACUUUGGCGCGGCUGGGCGGUUGGCCUGUGGGGAGAAGUACCAGGUGCUGGCUCGGAGGGUCACACCUGAGGGCAAGGUUCAGUACCUGGUGGAGUGGGAAGGGACCACCCCUUAUUGACUAGCCCACAGGGGAUGCCAGGAGCCCUGGAAAGCAAAGAAGAGACGCCAGAAGCCAUAGGCUCCCCAGUUCUCUUCAGGGUGGGGUGGGGGAGGGAAGCAAGACAGAGCUGUAAGUGCCUGGCGCAGGGCCCUUUCUGCCGGCCUUCCAGGCCAAGGUCUGCGCCUAUCUGCUGUGCCUCAGGCCCAUCACCCCCUUGCCUGUGCCUCUAAGGUCCCAGUGUCUCCACACACUCCACACUCCUUCAAACUGCUCACCUGUUCCUUUGAAUGUGUGUCCCCCUGGCUCUGGGACCCUUUCUCCUGAAGGCUGAAUCUGUCUUUGUCCCCAGUUUUGUGUCACUUACCUCUCUCAUCCCUUUUGGGCGUGUGUGUUUAGACACCUGACAUGCGCAUGCUGUCCCUCCACUUGCUGUCCCUCCCACCUGACUCAUGGGGCAGCCAGUCCUCACAGGGACCACAUAUAAGAACAGGAACCUCUGAAAAAGGUGGGCGACGGGAGUUUUUCUCUCCCACUUUCCUGCCCCCACACCCCCCAGCCUUGGAAAAGUUGGUGAGGGUAGAAGGCCUCUGAAAGCCUGUGCGGCACAGACCCCGGGACUCUCAGGACCUGAGGAGUGAAGAGGCUGGGUCUCUGCCUCAGCCGGUCCCAGCACCACAGCCCUAUCAAGGCUCAGAGUGAAGGCUGGGGUGUUAGUUUCUGAGGUCCCAGCUUUCCUUCCCUUGGCCAUACCCCUUCUUGGUUAUUAUGGAGCUAGGCCUGGCCUUGCUGGAAUAGAGGUGGCUUUGAAAACCUGAGGGACAGGCAGAGGAAGUGGGAGGAAAGGAAGGCAUGUCAUGCUAAACCUCAGGCUGUUUCCUGUACCUCCCACCCCCAGACCACAUACAUGCAACCAAAUACAGUCACUCACACAAGCUUCCAUCCACGUGCUUUCACCCUCCAGACACAGACAUUUGGCUCUGGCCUUGAGGUGUGUACACACACACACACACACACACAGUCACACUCCCUCCAGUGACAGCCUGGCUCCUGCCCUUGGCUUCCUCUUGGCCCUCUUGCAGGGACCAUGUGCUACAACUAAAUGUGAAAGUCCAGCGCCUGCCCCUUUUUCAGCCCGUGACCAGCCCUGACCCCAUUGGGAAGCACAGGGGACUUACCCCUGGCUCCUCGGUCUUAUCCCUUGUCCCACCCUGAACUGACAAUCACUUUUUGGGACAGGUUGGCAAGUUUCAUAGGGCCUCUGUCAUUCAGUUCUUAUAAAAGGGAAGCCCUUGUCAGUGGAAGUAUAAAUAGAAUUCUUAGAACCAACAUUAAAACUCGCACCCAUCUGGAGGGAAACCAAAAAUGGGAGAGGACCCCUCAUUUUUGCUGCUUCCAGAGAUACUAGAAACUGAUUCACUUGAUUGAAAAACAGAAAAAAGUGCCUUGACUCGGGAUGGGGGGUGUACCAGAUGGGAACCCGCCCUGCCAAUUGCUGCUGGGGCCUCCUGCUUGGCUGGGCUUUGCAGGCUGCCAGCUGCUAGGUGAAGGUGGAUGAAUGGUGAGGGGAUGGUUUUUUCCAUUCUAGGCUGAUCCCUCCCUACCAGUGAGCCUUCAGGGGGUCCCUGGGAUAGUUCAGAUGCCCCUUGCCUUAAGCCUCAACUCCUACAGUGCCUUUCCAGUGGGACCUCAUUUCCUGUGCACAGCCCUCCCACUUCCCUUUGCUUCCUUGGCGUGGACCACACAGGGAUGAAAUAGGGAUGGGCCCACGUCUCCCUCUUCUCGGCCCCACAGCUGCUGCCACUAAAGCCCCCACCGGGGCCAGGUGGAAGGGGAGCUGAGAAGGCAGCUCCCCGAGCCCAGCAAGGGUAUGGGACCUGGGAUAUAAUCAGUGGCGUCCUGCCUGGCUUCAGAGAGCACAGCAACCUUCUGAGCCUGCUCUCCAGGUUUCUGAGAAAACAUAGGACGAGCAAGGCCUGUCACAUGCAUCUGCACCUUCUCUACUUGGGCUCCAGAGGGACUCUGGGCUUGAAGAGCCCACUUGGGAAGUCAGCAUAAGGCCUGGCAAAGUCACCCUGACUCCGCACCCCAGCCUUUCAUUCGUACCAGAUCGUAGCUGCAUUACUGCCAACUGACCUUAUAAUCUUGUGCACCUUCUAAAAGAUUUAUGGUUUUGAAUUGCUGCUUUUAAUAACAUGUUAUAUUAAAGUUUUAAUUAAUGUGUCUGA